UAUUUGUCUCAUAUUUACCUGGUGGCACCUCGCAGAGUGAGUGACAGAUUUCGCCUCCGCUUGACAGGAAGAGCAUCGCAGCAAUGGCCAAGAACUUGGAAAAGAAGCCCGAAAUUUACGAUAACAAAGACGGGAAUGUGGACAAAGACUGGAAGGACUGGAAGACAAAGCAUGGGAAGAGCUACAACACCCCUGAAGAGGAAGAGAAACGCAAGAACGCGUGGCUCGAAACAAGGGUCAGGGUGACAGAGCACAACAAGAAGUACCGGGAAGGAAAGGAGACUUACUCUGAGGCGGCUAACCAGUUCGCUGACCUGCUUCCUGGCGAAGGUCCUCCAACUGGAUUGAUUAUGCCCAAAUAGUGAAACAGUAGGGAGCAGUCGCCCCUCCCUGUCUGGAGAAAGUGUACGCUGGUGCUUUGUGGUCAUUUUUUCUUCUUUUCUCUCUUAGGUGGUUGGGAGUUUCAUAUUGAUUGUGGAAUUCCCUGCUCAUUACAUAAUCACUCUUAGCAACCAGCUCAUCAGCCUCCUGCUGUCAAUCACAGCAUCCAGCUUGUGUCACAUGACCAUUUGCUUAACCCCCCCCCCCCCCCACCUCUCAGGGCUGUCAAUCUAUAGCUGUUGCUAACAUCAAUGCUGAGUGCGUACACCCAUUAAAAAUACCCGAAGAUAAUAAAA